AUGGCGUCUCAAUUGAUCCAUUCGCUCGCCCCUCGGGCGGACUCCUGCGACUCUAGCAACGACUAUGACGGCCGCAUGGGUUUGCGUAUAUCUUCCGUCUUUGUCAUCUUGAUCGCUUCGACCUUUGGCGCCAUCUUCCCGGUCAUGGCCCGUCACUUGAGCAACUCCAGUGUUUUUAAAUGGGGCUUCUUCAUUGCCAAGUUCUUUGGUUCUGGUGUCAUUAUUGCGACUGCAUUCAUUCAUCUUCUCGGUCCUGCAGAGGAAGCUCUGACCAAGGAAUGUCUUACGGGCCCCAUUACCGACUACAGCUGGGUGGAAGGAAUCAUCCUGAUGACCGUUGUGGUCUUGUUCUUUGUGGAGCUUAUGGUAAUGCGAUAUGCUCACUUUGGCGCGGACCACGCCCACGAGGCGGUCGGAGAUCAUAGCCCAACAGUCAUCGAAGCCCCGAUGCACGACUCCAAGGACCACGUCCCCGGCCAGGAUCACCUGGGCCACUCGCGCGAGCACGUCGAUGAGGAAGCAGGUCUGAAGGAACGGGUCGAAGAAUAUAUGGCGCAAUUGACCUCGGUUUUCAUCCUGGAAUUCGGUGUCAUCUUCCACUCCGUCUUCAUCGGUCUCACCCUCGCCGUGUCGGGCGACGAAUUCAUCACCCUGUACAUUGUGCUCGUUUUCCAUCAGAUGUUCGAAGGCUUGGGUCUGGGAUCCCGGUUGGCGAUGAUCCCAUGGCCGCGCUCUAAGCGCUGGACCCCCUAUCUCCUGGGGAUCGGAUACGGUCUGUCCACCCCGAUCGCCAUUGCCAUCGGUCUGGGCGUGCGCAACAGCUAUCCUCCGGAGGGCUACACGACACUCAUCGUCAACGGCGUGUUCGACUCGAUCUCCGCUGGUAUCCUCAUCUACACUGCUCUAGUGGAACUGAUGGCGCACGAAUUCAUGUUCAGCGCCUCGAUGCGACAGGCUCCGAUCCACGAGGUCCUUGCUGCGUUCUUCCUUUUGUGUCUAGGUGGUUUGCUGAUGGCGCUCUUGGGUAAAUGGGCUUGA